AAAAAACAGUCCCUAGCUAGCAUUGUUAAGUGUUUGCUUUUUACUAGAAAUAUGUUAGUGCAGAAUUGUUGGAAGAAAUUUAGAAAUAGCAAGCUUAGGGUGCACUUUUUCUGUAGUACAAAAGUCUAUUUUCCCUCUUUCAAUUUUUACUAACAUAUUAUUAGAAUUCUACUUCAUAUAGAUGGAUGGUGCACGCAUAUUGGAUUUGCAUAGAAAGAUACAAAGACUGCAAAUGGCUACAAUUUAUGUUGUAUGCAUUGUAGUUUAUCAUUUCAUAACCAAAAGUGCUCGAAAUAGAAUACCAAGUCAUGCUCUAAUCAUAGAGAGAGAGAAAGAACGAACUAAAACAAUGAAAAAACUUGAUACUAAUGAGGGUCGUAAAAUAAUUAGAAUGGGUCCAAAAGCUUUUAUGGACCUAUGUGCCAUGCUACAGAGUGAGGGUGGUCUUUUGCCAACACAACGUGCGUGUGUAGAGGAACAAGUGGCAAAAACCCUCCAUAUCCUAACACACGGUAUGAAAAGUCAAGUGGUUCAGUUUUGGUUUCAACGUUCCGGUGAAACUAUAAGUCGCCAUUUUCAUCGUGUGCUUAAAUCAAUUAUUUCUCUAGAGGGAAAGUAUCUCAAACAACCGGAUGGCUCACUGAUACCUUCAACAAUUCUAGGGAGCAGUCGAUUUUAUCCUUAUUUUGAGGUAUAAAUUAUUUUAAUUUUUUAUUUAGAAACAUAAUUUUCCGAUAAAAUAAUUAAUACAAUAAAUUCACACUUUUAGGAUUGUGUCGGGGCAAUCGAUUGUACCCAUGUCCGUGUAAGAGUUCCAUCAGCUGAUGCUCCUAGAUACCGAGGUAGGAAAGAAUUCCCAACACAAAAUGUGUUGGCUGCGUGCUCUUUUGACUUGCAAUUUACUUACGUUUUGGCCGGGUGGGAGGGAACUGCAUCAGAUUCAAGGAUUUUAAGAGAUGCAUUAAGCCGAACAAGCUGUUUGAAAAUACCGGAAGGUAAAUAUUACCUUCUUGAUGCUGGGUUUAUGCUAAGAAAAGGACUCAUUACACCAUUUAGAUCAACACGUUAUCACUUGAAGGAAUGGUCCUCAAGAAAUCCACCUCGAACAGCUCAAGAACUAUUCAACCAUCGACAUGCAUCCUUGCGUAAUGCCAUUGAGAGAUGCUUUUCUAUUUGGAAGAAGAGAUUUCCUAUUAUUGCGACUGGAAGAGAAGCACACUAUGGCGUGAAGACACAAAAUAGGAUUAUCAUAGCAUCAUGCAUUUUGCACAACUAUCUCAUGGUAUCGGAUCCUGAUGAAGAGUUAAUGGCUGAAGUUGAUGCAGACAUGGCCAAUCAAAAUGAAGCUCAAAUUUCUAGUAAUGUGGAACACAACGAGAUUGAAGAACAUACUCAUUUAGGAGAGAACUUGAGAAAUGCUAUAGCUAAUUCUAUGUGGGCAGAUUACAUGUCGUGAUGUUUAUUUUUUGAUUAGGAGUGAACUUGAGAAUUGUUCUAUGGUUGUUUCAAACUUGAAAGAUAUUUUGGCUUUUUGAUUGUGUUGAUUGAUAGUUAAAUGCUUGUCAUUGAUGCAUAGUUUAUUUUAAAUCAGAUGUUAUUAUUAAAUUUUUUCUUAGAACUAAUAUAAUGGAUCUAUAGAGAUGGAAAGUAAUGCAACUACCAGUUCUGAGAGUGUGAAGACAACAAUAAAGAAGUACACGAUGGACAGAGAGAUAUGGACAGCAGAAAUGGACAAUGAACUUGUUAAUUCAUUCCUACAUCAACACAAUGAAGGGAAUAGAGUGAGCGGGACAUUCACCACAAAGGCUUACAUGUCAAUCACUAGUGACUUGCAAAAUAAGUUCGGAAGACCUUUCAAGAAAGAUAAGGUGAAGGGGAGAUGGAAGUUACUAAAAAGAAAUUUUACAAAGUGUUAUGAUUUAUUCAAAAAUCUCAGUGGCUUUGCUUGGGAUCCAAUCUCAAAACGUUGGUUGGCUGAACCUGAAGUCUGGAAAACACUAGUAGAGGCUCACCCCGAUGCUGAAGAGUGGAUGAGGAAACCGAUUGCGAACUACGACAAGAUGGUGAUUAUAUGUGGAGAAGACCGAGCAUACGGAGGGAUGUCAGAAACCGGUGAGGAUAUUAGGAAUGAUAAAUCAUUUGGUGCAGAUUCGAUUGAGACUAGUGAUAGUUUACAAGAAGGUGUCAAUGAUGUUGAUGUCACAUCACCUCAGAUCAGAGUCCGAGAUGAACCUAAGUCCAAGCGGCCAAAGAAAUCCAAGGAUAACGUUGAAGAUGGAGGAGUAACCGCAGCACUUAUGACGAUUGCUGAAGCUUUUAAGGAUAGCACUUCUGCGCUUCGUGAGAGCACGUUAGCUUAUGAAAAAUCUCAUCAAAAGCUUCCGAUUUCUGAAGUUGAGCUUUGGAAGCUUUUGGAGGAUUUGCAUAUUGAAAAUCAUUUGAUCAACCGAGCAUAUCUGUACCUUCUCAACAAUCCUGAUAUGAUCAAAGGACUCAUUGGAUGCCCGAAGAAUAAACAGAAGGAGUUGCUUAUUGAAAUGGUGUUUGGUCCACCGGCAUCUACUACCAGGCCAUAUUAGUGAAGGCAAGUGUGUGUGAAAGUCGAGCUUAUUUGGAGUGCAUUGACUUCUUUAUGUUAUUGAUUGGAAUGCGCUAGAUUAAUAUAACUGCAAGUACUUGAAAUAAAAUGUGAAACAUAAUACGCUGAG